AUGAGUGCUAAUGUGAUGGCACUCACCUUUGAUCCAGAUUUUCUCACUGUAACAGGAUACGACUUGCUGUCUUCUCGCUAUUAUUUGACUACAAUGUCAUUUGGAGGAGAUACACUGAUGUAUUUUUAUCGUACUAUGAUAUUUGAUCUUGAAGAGAAUAUGAAAGACUUUUGCGACUAUAGUUAUUAUUACAUCAGUUACAACUCUAAGUACAGAACACAGUUGAACUCGAUGUACUCUUCUUUAGGCUUCACUGGACUCGAUGCUUUGGAUAAUGCUAAAUCAUUAAUCAGUAUUUGGGCUACUCAGUGGUCUUACAAUGCUGUUUCGACUUGUUUCAAGUCAGAAUUGGAGCCUCCGGGAAGUAUUUCUUCCAGAACACAUUGGCAGCCAGCUCUGAGAACUACCUCGAGUUCCACUACUGGCACUUCCACUGCCAGCAUUUCGAAAUUGGUAGAUAUGAGCCCUUAUAAUUCUACUGAGAUUUCUACCAUUGCUGGAGGUACAAACAACAUUGCUAAUUUAGGUUCAUUCCACUCUACAUCUGAAGCCGACACAAGAUGGCCAGAAGUUACAUCUUUUGACAAAGCUUGCAGACGCCCUAAUCCGGCUUUGUUGAUGAUCUUGAGUGGCCUCUCAUUGUUGAUGUUUCCUUAA